GUGGCCGUGGCGGUGCCGGGAGGGCGGAUCGGGGGUUGCACGGCCGCUCCGGUCCGGCCCGUGCAAGGGCAUCGGCGGCCUCUGGUCCCGGCCGCCGCGGGCGGCGCGCACGGGCCGAGGGGCGCGAGGCGGCACCGAUCCGGCCUCCCCGGCCCGCAUCGCCCCGGCUCCAGCACGGUGUCCGAGCGGGGCGGCUGCGGGGCCUGACACCGGCCGGCUGCGGGACCGGCACCGCGUGACACCGGGCUCGCCAUGGAGCCGGGCACCAUCGACAACCUGGCCAUCCUGUACCAGAGCCCCGACUUCAUCGUGGUCAACAAGCACUGGGACAUCCGCAUCGACAGCAAGAUGUGGUACGAGACGCUGACCCUGCAGAGCCAGCUGAAGUACCGAUUCCCCGAGCUGGCCGACCCGGACACCUAUUACGGCUUCAGGUUUUGCCACCAGCUCGACUUCUCCACCAGCGGGGCUCUCUGCGUGGCGCUCAACAAGGCCGCCGCGGGAAGCGCCUACAAGUGCUUCAAGGAUCGGCUGGUGACCAAAGCCUAUCUGGCCCUGGUCAGGGGCCACGUGAAGCAGAGCCGCAUGACGAUCCGGUACGCCAUCGGGAAGAACACGACCGAGGGCCUGACCCACAUGAUGUGCAUCGAGGGCACGGAGGGCUGCGAAAACCCCAAGCCUUGCCAGUCGGAGCUCAUCGUUCUCGAGCACGGGUCCUACAGCGGGGACCCCGUCACCAAAGUGCUGCUGCAGCCGCUGACAGGGCGGACGCAUCAGCUCCGGGUUCACUGCAGCGCCGUCGGCCACCCCAUCGUGGGGGACUUCACCUACAGCCGCAAGAAGGACGGCAGCCCGUACAGGAUGAUGCUCCACGCCUACUACCUGCGCAUCCCCACCGGGAAGGAGCUCAUCGAGGUCUGCGCGCCCGACCCCUUCGUGACCGCCAUGGACGGCAACUGGGUGCCUCACCACGUCACCCACCGGCUGGAUGAGACCAUCCAAGAGCUAAAGGACAAGAGGAUCCAGAAAGAGGAAGAGGAGGAGAGCCAAAGAGCCGUGCUUAGCGGCAGAGGGGAGGAGGCACCGAGGGAAGCUGGGAGCACGGAGACAGAGGACCAGCGAGCCAAGUGUGAGCAGUGGUUGGCGGAGUGGGCUCUGGAGUGAGCAGCUCGAGUUUCUGCAUUUCCAGCCCAAAGCUGCGUUUUUGUCCCAGUGGGUCCCGGCCAGCCUCCCCCCCAAGCCCAGCGCUGACCACACCUGCACUUUUUGUACACCACGGUUCCCUUCACUUCUGGGGUGAGAGAGGUUUUAGCAGCGGCUAGGAUCGGCUUGUUUUUUGAUGUGCUCCUCACCUGCCUGACCGCUGGCUGCCCCUUCCCUAGCUCCACGCCUCAGCACAGAGUUAGCGUGUCCCGCACCGGCUUCGAGCGCAGGUGGGACCGGGGGGGUCACCCCCAUCCCAGGGCUCGGACGCAGCUGGGUGAGCGUGGACACGGGCUUUGCCAGUAAAGCGCUGGGGAUGUCCGCAAACCCGUAGCGCGAGGAUGCUGAGCCGUCGAAGGGGAGGGAGAACGCGGAUCACGCGUCCCGCGGGAUGCAGCUUCGGGAUGUGUCCCGCGGUCCCACCCCUCGAUCCUGCCUGCAGGCCGGGUCCCCCAGGGCGGGCGCUGAGCGGGGCUGCCCCACUUAUCGAGGGAGCGGGAGGGCGAGCGGGAGGCUGCUGGCCGGUUGGGGGGCCGAGGACAGCCCAGCCCAGGGCUGCCGGCGGGUUUCUCGGGACGCCCGGGGCCGGUUCCCGCACAGCCGCUGCAGAGGGGCGGCUUUCCUGCUGGCUCGGCCUCCGGGUGUUUUUCCCGCUGAACUGAGACGUGCGGAAUGGGAAAGGUCCCCUAACCGCCACAAAGGAUCACUGCUUUCCCCUCCCUGUCCUUGCAACUCCCUGGCUGCAUCAGACCACGUGUAUUUUUUUAAAGCUUCGUUGAGGAUGAGUGAGUUAAUACUAAUAGUUUUUAAACUUUUUUCAAAUUUCUACGAGAAGAAUCUAGUCUUUUAGCAGUUCUGAAAUACUGAUGGUCUCGGAAACGCAUGUAUUUUUAGUACUUGUACCCGAAAUAGCCAGCAUCGCUAAGCUAUUUUUAAUAGCUCUGAUUAUUCUUUCUACUAAGAUCUCCUUUUCCUAGCACCGCUUUUAUCCUGGAUGUGCGUGCAACCGCUGCCGGGGCAGAGCCGGACGGUAAAAGCCUCCUUCUGCUUUUCCUUGAUGUUUCCUUGCUGUUGGGGAAUAAGGAUCGCUGGAAUCGCUCGCUGCAGGCGCUGGCGCUAGACGGUGCUGGAGCCGGGGCUCCCAGCCCGGCACUUUCUCGGGCUGCGGCGGGAUGCAAACAGCGGGGAGGGCGGCUGAAGCCCAGAGAAGCGCUGCGGGCUGACGGGAGCAGCAGGAAGGAGGGUUUCGUUUCCAGCUGGAGCUCAGCGUUGCAGCACGCAAAGAAAAGUCGGUGUGAAAAUUUCCUCGCUUUGCCGGUCGGCUUCAUGCUGCCUUUGCGCUCUGGUUUCCACCUCGCUUUUCCUCUGCAGCCCUUAGGGGAAGUUUGGGAAACGAAGAGAACAGGUCGGCUGGAGCGGGGUUAGGAGAGACCGCCCUGAGACUGCUGCAGGCAUCGGUGGCCCGCUGAAGCGUGUUGUCACCGCUGGUUCCGUGCAUGCAGAGCACCAAGGCCGUGGCGUGCGCGGUGGCUAAGGAGGCAGCCAGCCGCCCCGGGGUGUACGGCAGGGCUCGCAGUGCCGGGGUGGAACCUGCCGCAGCACCCGCUGCCCGUGCGCCCGCGUGGGGGACGGUCCCCGCUGCGACAGGUCUGUCUGCGAGCGAGGGCGCGGGUGGCGGUGGCAUUUAGGGACACCAAUGCACAUGCACAAGGGGCCGGUCACCUAGACAGUGGCAGCCAGGGAGCUUCAAUCCACUGCCCCCGGGAACGCCGCAGGCACCCCAGCACCCCCCUCAGCCCCCACAUCUUGUGCUUUUACCCCGUGUUGCAGGAACCGGAGAUAAAACCUGUAUUUUCCUUCCCCUGUUUUACGGCAGCGCGUUCACCCGCGUGCCCCUGCGUGCUGGUGCGCGGUGCUGCUCCGUGCUGGCGGUGCAGCUCCUCCCCUGGGCCAUUCGCCGUGUCCCGCGUGGACCCACUCGUGCGUUUAAACCCGGUCGGGGGGGGGUGUGAACGGGUGCGUGUGUGUCGUGACGUGCUGUACAGCUUGCAGUAACCCUUAUUUAUUCUUGCACAUUCGUGGACGUUACUGGAGUAAAUCGUUGCACGUGUA